UUUUUUUUUUUUUUUCUUUUCUCUCGUUCUCUCUCCUCGGCUCGCCGGCCGUUGAUUGCAGCAACAAGGAACCAAGAUGGCGACGGCGGGCGGAGAUUGCGACGUGAUUAUGGCGCCCGCGGCACCCCCAGCGGUGGCUUCCCAUUCCGCGGUGCCCCUGAUGUUGAGCGAGGAGGACGAGGGGACGCGCAGAGAAGCAGAGUCCUUCAAGGAGCAGGGAAAUGCAUUUUAUGCCAAAAAGGACUACAACGAAGCAUACAACUACUAUACAAAAGCAAUAGAUACAUGUCCCAGCAAUGCCAGUUAUUAUGGAAACCGUGCUGCCACUCUCAUGAUGUUAGGCAAAUUUCGGGAGGCCCUGGGGGAUGCUCAGCAAUCAGUCAGAAUGGAUGAUAGUUUUCUGAGGGGACAUCUAAGAGAGGGAAAGUGCCACCUAUCUCUGGGGAAUGCCAUGGCUGCCAGUCGCUGCUUCCAACGAGUUAUAGAAUUGGAUCGUGAAAAUGCACAAGCAGAGCAAGAGCUGAAGAGUACCAAAACUGUUCUAGACUAUGAGAAAAUUGCUGAAGUUGACUUUGAAAAACGGGACUUCCGAAAGGUUGUCUUUUGUAUGGAUCGUGCUCUAGAAUUUGCCCCUGCCUGUCACCGGUUCAAAAUCCUCAAAGCAGAAUGUUUAGCUUUGCUAGGUCGCUAUUCUGAAGCCCAGUCUGUUAUAAGUGACAUCUUGCGAAUAGAUGCAACAAAUGCUGAUGCUCUCUAUGUCCGAGGACUUUGCCUUUACUAUGAGGACUGCAUCGAGAAGGCUGUGCAGUUCUUCGUCCAGGCAUUAAAAAUGGCUCCUGACCAUGAUAAAGCCUGCCUUGCCUGCCGUAAUGCCAAAGCACUGAAAGCAAAGAAAGAUGAAGGUAACAAGGCUUUCAAGGAAGGGAAUUAUAAGCUGGCCUUCACACUUUAUACAGAGGCUCUAGCAAUAGAUCCAAACAACAGGAAAACCAAUGCCAAACUCUACUGCAAUCGUGGAACUGUUAAUUCCAAACUUGGAAAACUAUGCGAAGCAAUAGGAGACUGUACAAGUGCUAUCAAACUGGACGACACAUACAUCAAGGCCUAUUUAAGAAGAGCACAGUGUUACAUGGACACAGAGCAGUAUGAAGAUGCUGUGAGAGAUUAUGAAAAGGUUUACCAGACAGAGAAAACUAAAGAACACAAACAGCUACUCAAGAAUGCACAGAUGGAAUUGAAAAAGAGUAAAAGGAAAGAUUAUUACAAAAUCCUGGGUGUGGAUAAGAAUGCUUCUGAAGAUGAAAUUAAAAAAGCAUACCGGAAACGGGCCCUAAUGCAUCAUCCAGAUCGACAUAGUGGAGCAAGUGCUGAAAUCCAAAAAGAGGAAGAAAAGAAAUUCAAAGAAGUUGGUGAAGCCUUUACCAUUCUCUCUGAUCCAAAGAAAAAGGCCCGCUAUGACAGUGGCCAGGAUCUAGAGGAAGAUGGCAUGAAUAUGGGAGAUUUUGAUGCUAAUAAUAUCUUCAAAGCUUUCUUUGGAACACCUGGAAGUUUUAGUUUUGAAGCUUCUGGACCUGGGAAUUUCUUUUUCCAGUUUGGCUAAACUGCGGAACAGAUCCAUUUCAUCUACUGAAAUCCACAGUUUCCCUGACCUGCUUCAUUUAAUUUCAAGUUUCAUCUUCCCUUCAUUGCAUCUCAGCAUUUCUUAGGGCUGUGGCAUUUUUUCUGUUGGAAACAUCAAUUUUUUGUGUGUGCUUUAGAGUGUGAUGAGAAAACCAGCAUUUGAAGGGAAGGGAGCUUUUAAGAAAUACACAUUUUUAUUUGGUUUAUUGUUAAUUUUGUAUGAAAGAGAGAGAAAGAGAGAAAAAUCUGUGGAUUUCUCCAUUAAGUAAUUUUAGAUUCCUAAGCUGCUGGAACUUCAUUCAGGGAAUCCUUACAUUUUGAAAACUGGAUAUGCCAUGCUUUUAUUGGGUUCACAAUGUGGGGAAAGUGAAAUGAGGUUUUUUUACUUUGGUUGUAUUGUACUGACUGUAGCCAUAUUGAAACCUUAUUUCCAGAAACAUUUCAGACACUUGAGAAAUACAAAGAAGUUUACUGCA